UGGGGCUGUACGGUGGCCGUGUGGGCUCAUAAACGCCUCCCUCAGUGUAGCAGUAAUAAUGGAGGGGGUCACAGUCGGACAGGUAUUUGAUGCAGAAUGCAUCCUCAGCAAACGGCCUAGGAAGGGGAAGUUUGAAUAUCUGGUCAAAUGGAGAGGGUGGUCGUCCAAACACAACAGCUGGGAGCCUGAAGAGAACAUUCUGGACCCUCGGUUACUGGCGGCAUUUCACAAAAGAGAACAAGAACGAGAACUGCUGUUCCAGACUAAAGGAAAACGCCCGCGAGGACGACCUCGAAAGAUCCAGCCGACACCACCCACAACCAAAGACAGCCGCUCCUCGUCCUCGUCCUCCUCCGGCCUCUCGUCGUCAGCGUCCUCUUCAGAAGAUGAAGACCCUUCCAAGAAGGCAAAGCCAACUCCCCGGGUCCACCCAGUCCCACAGAAGAGGCCACAGAUCCUGCUCGCCAAACCAGACCACAAGAAGAAGCGUGGGCGAAAGCCCCUGCACCCAGACCUGAAAGCCCUCCGACAGGCCAAGAGCAAAUUGCCUCCUCUUUCUCCUCCUCCUCCGCCUCCUUCUCCUUCUCCCUCUUCCCUUCCUCCUCCUGGACUUGCUGCACCUCAACGGCACCACCCGUCAGUCAGGCCGUCCAGGGAGGAGCUGCGGGCUGGGGUGAAGAAGCCGCUGCAGCCUGCCAGCUUCACCUACACCGGUCUGGGCAGGACGUCGAGGAACGAGGCCAGUUCUGCCUCCAACAGCGCCUUCGUCCAGUCGGUGUCGCCAAAACCCGGAGCGCUGAGCUGUGCCUGGACCAAUCGCUCUCUGUCCUCUCCCUCUCCUGGCUCCUCCCACAAAGCCACGCCUUCAGCUCAGAGUAAGCACAUGACGUCAGAGCUAAAGUCCAGCAGCAGGAGUGACGGCUUCAAGACGUCUCCACUCAAACACGGCAGCGGAACGUCGGGGUCUGGAAGUCUGCACGGAACCUUUGAUAGAGCAGCUAUUUCCCAGCGUUCCCAGUCGAACCAGCGGAGGCAGGAUGGAGUCAGCGCUCAGACUGGGUCUGGACAACACAAGCAAAUUCCACAGAUUUCUUCACCCAGAGACCGAGCCAAUCAGGCGUUGAGUCUUCGCGCCCUAAAUCUGCAAAGUGUCAGUCGGCCGACAUGUGGCGCCGUCUUUCAGGGCAACAACACAGGUGGCGCCGCAGUGUCCAGGUCCAGCUCAAGGAGCAGCGGAAUCAUGGUAAAAAGUGGAGUUAAAGACGGUCGGCCCUCGUCUUGCGGGCAGCGAUCUGGGACAAACAUGGUUGUGGGCGAGCACAUCAGAGGAAAGGAGGUGACACCAGGAGGGGGGGCCAGCCGGGGGAACGGAAGCAGCGCGAACCGCAGCCUAAACGAGCUGAGCACUGGAGACUCAGACGAGACCAGCAGCAGCGAAUCAGAGCAAGGCGUCCCUCUGUACCCAGCAGCCAACAGUCGGCCUAGCCUGGGCAGCAGCACCGCCGACUCGGACACAGAGACGGAUUGGCGGCCGGCACGCAGCCUCCUGGAGCAUGUGUUUGUCACCGACGUCACAGCCAACUUCAUCACAGUGACAGUGAAGGAGUCACCGACCAGCGUAGGCUUUUUCAAUUCACUGAACCACUAGGGGCGCUGGUGACACUAGGCUACCUCUCCACAAUCCUUCUACCACAGCUGCCAAGGUUCUGACCAGAACCCUCACUUUUCCAGAAUUCCACAGAGACUGGUGGAGUUCUGUCUCCUCCCUGUUCACAGAACAACGUCCUGUCACUUCAUGGAAUAAGACGGCAUUUAUAAUGGUGGUGUGUUUAUGGCGCCCUCUGCUGCAUCCUACUCGAUGUUAGAUGGUGUGUUGAUAUUGUAGGAUCCUUUGUUCAACUUCAAACCUUAAAAUUCCAAAUUUUAAACAUUUAAUUUUUUUUAAAGCAAACGUGUGUCUAACCUUCAGGAGUUUUUCCACGUGUUGAGGAGCAGAGCAGACGACAGGAGCCAGAGUUUGAGCCUCCACACACACCUGAUGAUAAAGGCUGUGCCUCGGAUAGUUUUGAUGUUGUGAUCUUGUUCCGCAUACAUCGCAGACGUGAAUGUACGAUGAAAAACGACAGAAAACUGAAGGUGUGGACACGACACGGUUGUUCACCGAAGUCCACAGAAAAAAUCCCUCUUUUCUGUCUGCAGGGCUGUUUCACAAACUGGCCACAGGAGGCAGCAGAGCACCAGCAGCUCCAGUGUGCCUGUGAGCUAUAGUCAGUGAUUUUCUCUCUGGACUUCUGAGCAGCGCAGUGGACAGUUCCCACAGACAGGAGAAGUCGACCAACAGUAUUAUGAUUAAACUUCUCAGUGUUAAAAAAAAUCAUUAGCUGCGCUUCACUUCUUGUUAAUGGUUGCAUUUAGGAUACAGGAAAAGUGUAGGUCGAAUGUGUCUCAGUCAACGAUGUAAACAUGCAGAUGGAUGUAUGACUCCGCCCCCUCAGUGCCUCAGGUUCUCCUCACAUCAGCGAGUCGCUCUCCAUCUGCUCGCUGUUGGUCAGAAAUGUAAAGAAAGGAGAAAAGUUUUAUUUUUUUUUUUAAAUCUGAAGAGAAAAGAGAGAGAGAGAAUUAUUUUACUUUUCUUCGUUGUCGUCGUCUCUUUGGACCAAAGGUGUUUUUUUCCUCCACCGUCUCUGUUCUUAUUAUCGAUGGUUUGCACAGAUCCAUGAAGCUGACUCUUCCUCCUCUUCAUCACUGAAAAGACAUUUCACACUUUUAUACAGUUUGAAAACCUUUGUCGACUCCUUUUCUGACACUUCAUGUUAAUUUAUAUUUUACUGUACAUAUAUGUUGAUGUUUUUCCAUGUGAUUGAUCUGGUGCUCGUCACAGACACGAUUAUUCCAAAUAAACCAUAAAUCGUUA